AUGGCUGACGGGCUGCCUCCGGGGUACCGUUUCUACCCGACGGAGGAGGAGCUUAUAUGCUUCUACCUGCGCAACAAGCUCGACGGCAGCCGCGGCGACAUCGAGCGCGUCAUCCCCGUCGUCGACGUCUACUCCGUCGACCCCUUGCAGCUCUCAGAGAUCCACGAGAGGCUGUGCGGCGGCGAGGGGGAGCCGUGGUUCUACUUCUGCGCGCGGCAGGAGCGGGAGGCGCGGGGCGGGCGGCCCAGCCGCACCACGCCGUCGGGGUACUGGAAGGCGGCGGGCACGCCCGGGGUCGUCUACUCCGCCGACCGCCGGCCCAUCGGGCUGAGGAAGACCAUGGUGUUCUACCGCGGCCGCGCGCCGUCCGGGACCAAGACCAAGUGGAAAAUGAACGAGUACAGGGCAUUCCAGCACGAGCACCACGACGACGGCGCCGGCGCACCCACGGCAACCGGGGGUCCCCACGCCGCUGCGCCACCGGUACCGAACCUCCCUCCGCAGCUGAGAAGCGAGUUCAGCUUGUGUCGACUUUACACCAAAUCGGGGACACUGCGGCAGUUCGAUCGACGGCCGGUUGCAGCUGCUGCACGCGGUGACAUUCCUGGGCCAUCCACGGCAGCCACUGCGUCGCCCGGCGACGGUGACGGCUCCGGUGGAUCCAUGCAGCCGCUUGAGGAGGAGCUGAUGGAGGGAGCUGACGGUGAUCCAUACGGAGACGAUAUUGCCACAUUGGCUGCUCUUCUCUACUCGCCUACGGACUAG